AUGGCUACCCCCAGUGUCCUUACCUUUGAUGCUGAGGGCCGUGCCGUUGACUUUGAGGUCUGGGUCGAUGAUCUCCAGCUGUUUCUACAGUGCCAUGGGGCAGAGAGACUCUCUCUGUUCGAUCUCACGUCUGGUGUUUCUCCCGCCCCACCUGCUACUGCUGACAGCACUGUUCGCUCACAGUGGGCCACACGCGAUGCUGCUGCUCGCCUUGCUGUGCAUCCCCACUUACCGACCGCUGAGCGUGCGCACUUUAGCCAGUACAAGAGUGCUAAGACCUUGUACGACGCUGUAGUUGCACGCUACUCCUCCCCUGCCACUGCUGCUCUUAGCCGCCUCAUGCUGCCGUACCUGGACCACUUCCUCUCAGUUUGCCCCACCACACUCACCGUCGACCUCCUCGAGGAGCGCCUCCUAGCAGCAGAGAAGAGCAUAGUCGCUGUAGGAGUCUCUCGUGGUGACCCUCGCACCUCUGUCUUUGUGGAGUGUUACCCCUCCCCCCUCUUGCCCUCUGUUGCUUCUGCUGCUGCGGCCGACCUCGUUGGUUUCGAGUCGGUCGGCGCUGCAUCUGCCUCGAUCGGGAGACGCCGCACCGGCAAUGGCAAGGGGGGCAAGGGCGCUGGAGGGGCUAGCGGGGGCGGUGGAGGUGGUGGUGGGGGCAGUAAAGGGGGUGGGGGUGGUGGUGGUAGUGGUAGCGGGGGUGGAGGUGUCGGUGGCAGCAGUGGAGGCGGGGAAGGCGGCAGUGGUGGCGGAGGGAGCGGAGGCGGUGGAGGCGGUGGAGGCGGCGGAGGUGGCAGAGGCGGCGGAGGUGGUGGAGGCGGCGGCGGCAGCAGUGAACCUGGUCGCGGCUCUGCGCAGAGGAGUAGCUCCGGUGGUGGUCCGCGCCAGCAGCAGCAGCGCAGCCGCGAGACUUUGUCCCCUCAGAAGCUUCGUGAGUAG